GGCUGUAGACUUAAGUGUUCUGGAUCUCUGUUACAUAAAGUGUUCAGACUUCAGGCAUUACAAGCGUGGUCAAACGUGGUCUAUUUUAGGCCACGUAUGACUCUUUAUCGGUCUUGUGUGCCGUUGACCUCUAAAAGUAUUACGCAUAAAUAUCAUCCGGAAACAGACGCUUUUAUCAAAUUUACCGACGAACAAUCCGUAGACGAUGGCAGCGAAGAAUGCCCAGUUGAACUGGCUCGGAAACGGCUAAAUGAUGGACUUGUUACAUGCAAUGGAGAAGUGGAAUUCAAGGGAGCACUUAAAGACGUCGUCCUGUCAGGAUCAGAUGAAUGCAAUGGCAUUCCGGCUACCGUAUAUGUACCGACCUGUAUUCCUAACGACGCCGCCAUAUUGGUUUACUUCCACGGUGGGGGAAUGGUCAUAGGGUCACGGGCUAGUGUGGACACUACUUGCCGGAGACUUGCUAUGGAGACGCCCUGUAUUAUUGUCAACGUGGAUUAUCGCUUGGCGCCAGAGUUCAAAUUUCCCGCUAGUUUUGAAGACGCUCAAAGUGCCGUAAACUGGGUUGUCAAGAACAAAGCCACGAUCGGAGGUACGGAGAAAAGCCCUGUGGGAGUCGGGGGAGACAGUUCUGGAGGUACCCUUGCUGCCACAGUCGCCCAUCAGGUGCCGGGGUUAGCCUUCCAGGUUUUGGUCUAUCCACGAGUCAGCUACAAACCUGGACCAGUGAGAAGGUCAGCCAAGGACUAUGAAGACGGUCCGAUACUGUCCAAAGACGUAGUCGCCUGGUACCGUGGUCACUUCCUCCGUGGGGACGCCGACCUGGAGGACCCUCUCCUCAACCCGUACUUCAGAGAAAGUUUCGCAAAUUUACCACCUGGCUUACUCGUUGUCGCUGAGUGUGACCCAUUAAGGGAUGACUCUUAUGAUUACCAGGCCAAGAUGGCGGAGGCUGGCGUGAAAGCCGAGGUAUUGCAGAUUGAUGGUGCUAGCCACUCCUUCUUCACCAAACCAGGCAUUUUCGUCGAGUGCUGUGCUAAGGCGUACAAGCGGGUGACACAAUUUAUUAGAGAAGUGGCGUACGCAUAGUGAUAAGACAGCACCUCCUGAUCCCAUGGGCAGAGGAACUUUUGAAAGUUCCGCUUAUCAAGAGUUUAAAAGCGUUGUUGUCAAUUUUUUUCAAGGAUACAAGAAACUUUAAGAUGAAGUACAUGGCUGUACACAGAGACAAACUGUAACUGCUUAUAUGGUUAUAAAACGGCAAUAAUGCAUGCGAAUGGAUCGUUUCAGCAAUCG